AAAGCCCCUGUCUCUAUAUGUUGUCGUCGUCUAAACCAAACCAAAUCAAAAUUAAGGGUUAGUUUUUUUGGAGAUCGGAAAGAUGAACGAUGUGAUGUUGGAAGAGGCGAAGCUGUGGCUCGACGAACCUCAGCAGCGGAAACGGAAGCUCGAAACUCCGGUCAAUCCUCCACCACCGCCACCAGUAGUAGACGAAGAUUCCUCCGACGAGGAAGAGGUAGAUCCGGUGGCAUGGUCCAAGUAUAACCGGCAAGUAUCCGAAUCCGGCGGUUUCGAUGUGGACUUGUUCUUUCAGCCAUUCGGUGGGAUAGUCCCCAGUGGAUGUAGUGAUUACAGCUUACUCUUCGGCAAGGUCGGACUCCAUUGUUACAACCUUGAAAAGGGGACUAACUUGCAGUUCAAGCAAGUCACCAAAGUCAAUACACAAAUCUGUUCAAUUUUAGCGUUUUACAUCACGUUGGAGGCCACUGAUCCGGUCCACGACGACUCACUUGUUACAUUCCAGACCUGUGUCACCGAUACUGUCCUCAAGCAUCAAGCACGUCUGAGAGCCUUCACAACUACUUGCAGAAUCAAGCCUCAAGUCCCAGGAACGGGAGAAUUAGGUUCCAUUUGGUACCCAGACAAACAUGUUGAUGCCUGUUACAGAGUUGAUUUGCCUAAUUGGCUACAAGAUGAUGCACUUUCAGGGGAGGAUAAGCUUCAAUUCUAUGAGGUGAAAGAUAUGGAGUUGAAGGACAACCAGUGGCUUCAUCUAUACGCCGAGUUUGCAUUGUUCUCCCAUUCGGGCGAUGACCUGAGCGCUUAUAUGCCAUUUGAGAUGAUAAAAGUAGUGGUGCAAACCAAGGAAGAUAUGAAGCUCAAGUCGGGCAAUGCAGUCUUCUUCCUGAGUUUCAAGCCCCGUGGUGGUCCAGAGUGCAGAGGUGUAGUAAGGAGAACUACUGAUGGAAAACCUGGACACAUGUGCCUUGAAGCUAGGUGUUGGAUUGACAAGUAGAGUUUGCUGGUUCCGUCUCUUCUGGCUGUUCUCUAGUUCAUUAGCUAUCUACUUUAUAAGUUGAUGAUGAUGUCUUUUCACUAAUUCCAGUACUUGUAUUUCCUUAUCAUCUACUCUAAUCAUAAGUUAUGCCUUUGACUAAAUUAUCUUGUUCUUUAAUGCUUUAAGGUCGCUUUUGUUUUA